AUGGAGUACAGGCGCAUAAACAACACGAUAAUUUCGCUGGGAAGCACAAAUGCAGACACCCUCAAAAGAAACCAGUACGUGAGUGUAAUAUACUGUAAGCUAAGUGGAAAGAGCGAAAUAGGGAAUAUAUUCAGAAUGUUUCACAAUAGGCACACGUACUACGGCGUGAUCACAGAGAGCAAUACUGUCAUAUGGUACAACGUCUUAAGCACUGCGUCUUUUCUGAAGGAGCACUCCAUUUUUGCGAGCGACUCGUACACGAACAUAGCCGAGGCUGUUACAGGGCCCAGAAAAGACGCGGAAGAAGGGCCCAGGGAAGAGACGCAGUACUCUCUGAACAGCCGCUCCAUAGUGGCAUUCUCCAGCCGGCACAUUUUCAUAGAAGUUUCUGGGAAGUUGAUGGUGUACGACACUUCAGGAGCCUACCAGGCCCACAUUGAGACGGGGAUAGACAAACUGCUCUCAGUCGAGUGCUCCCUCUGCGGGAAGUACCUGUUUAUGCAGCUGGAAAAGGGCAUGCUGGCUCUGUACAACCUGUCCAAAAAGGAGUUUGUGUACAGAAAGAGACACCCUGUGGGAACAGUCGCUGUAUUUGGGAAUGUUUUCGCGUAUGCCAGAUACUUCUCCGUUGCAAAGAGCUCUCUCAUAAUGGGGAAAGUCUGCGAUGGGGAAGCUCUCCUGGAGCUGACGUACCCGGAGCAGAUUCUGUGCGCCUCCACAGACACUUUGCACCGGAGAGUUGCUGUUGGCUCGCAGACAGGGAAGGUUUUCUACACCCGCCUGGACAAUGUGGCCCCAGAGUUUACGGAGGCAAAGAUCCACUCGAGCGAAAUAACCAGUAUCUCAUUUUCAAGUUCUGGGAGGUUUAUUUUUGCAACGUCCAGAGACCUGAUUUCUGUCAUAGAUAGCAAAGACGGAAAAGUCAUAAAGUCCAUUAUGAACCCCCCGGGGAAGACUUUUUUCACAUACACAAGCAGUAGUAAUUUACAUUUACAAUAA